AUGAACCGUCACCCUCCGUCCAAUUAUGGCGACGAACCGCCAGCAUACCUGGACCACGAGACAGCUUCCUUUCUCUCCGAUCACGAAUCUCCGACCAAUGCCUCCCGUCAUGGCGCGACUAUGCGCUUGCUGCCUACCAGCGGUGACGGCGCCGAUGAUUUCAGGAAUCCAAGGGCUGCUUCGCCUUCCGCUUAUGACCCCGAUUAUGACCACACUCCGACCGGAGAAGAUCCAGGCUAUGAUCGAUACUAUCAAGUUCCGACUGCGUCUUCGCCUUCGCGUCCACCAUCUAGCUUGACGACUGGCUCCAACCUACCAACUGCGAGCUUAGCAGAUACUUCCGUCUACCCGUCUAUUCCCCCACGCACAGGAUCUCCCAUUCGCCCAUGGAGUCCGUCUCAUAUCCGGCCGCCAUCUGUGUCGAGUGUUGGCUAUGAACGCGCCGAUUUGAAUGGCAGCCCGCGGCCCGGUACACCAAGCUCUAGAUACGGAGGUAGUCCUCGUCGGCCGUUGCCUCCUGCUCCUCUGUUUUCUGGACCAAAGUCAUCGAGCGCAGGGGAUACGAGCAUCGAUAUUGGGGAUGGAAUCGACGUAGAUGACCCAUUCGGCGGCGAUGGGCGCACAAUUCACCACACUUCACGCGGCAGUGUGCGAUCAUUCAUGAGCGAAUCGACUAUUCUGGGAGAUGAAAAAGACGAGAUGCAAAAGGUCGACCUCCAUGAAGACGACGAUGACGACGCCGACUCUGGGAUGAUUGAUCCCAACUUGCACUACGGCCCAGCACCUGAAAAGCAGGGACGUCGCGGUCGCCAAAAGGAGGUUCAGCUCGUCAACGGCGAGCUUAUUUUGGAGUGCAAGAUCCCGACAAUUCUUCACAGUUUCCUUCCUCGCAGAGAUGAACGCGAGUUCACACAUAUGCGUUAUACUGCUGUCACAUCUGACCCCGAUGACUUCACGAACAGAGGGUACAAGCUCCGUCAACAGAUUGGAACGACCACCCGCGAAACUGAACUGUUCAUUUGUGUCACCAUGUAUAACGAAGAUGAGAUUGGUUUUACCCGUACCAUGCACGGUAUUAUGCGGAAUAUCAGUCACUUCUGCUCCAGAACCAAGUCACGUACUUGGGGCCGUGAUGGCUGGAAAAAGAUCGUUGUUUGUAUCGUCGCUGAUGGACGAAAGAAGGUCCACCCUCGCACUCUCAACGCCUUGGCUGCACUUGGUGUGUACCAGGAGGGUAUUGCAAAGAAUAUUGUCAACCAGAAGGAGGUCCAGGCCCACGUGUACGAGUACACGACACAGGUGUCGCUUGACUCGGAUCUCAAGUUCAAGGGUGCCGAAAAGGGCAUUGUGCCAUGUCAGGUUAUCUUCUGUUUGAAGGAGCAUAACAAGAAGAAGCUCAACUCCCACCGCUGGUUCUUCAACGCGUUUGGCCGUGCUCUCCAGCCUAACAUUUGUAUUCUGCUUGAUGUUGGUACUCGGCCUGAGCCAACCGCCCUCUACCACUUGUGGAAGGCAUUCGAUCAGGACUCGAAUGUUGCUGGUGCUGCCGGUGAGAUCAAGGCAGGCAAAGGCAAGAAUUACCUCGGUCUGCUCAACCCUCUAGUGGCGAGUCAGAACUUCGAAUACAAAAUGUCCAACAUUCUGGACAAGCCGCUGGAAUCGGUCUUUGGAUACAUUACUGUGCUGCCUGGUGCACUCAGUGCUUACCGGUUCUUUGCUCUGCAAAACGAUGCAGAUGGCCAUGGCCCGCUGAACCAAUAUUUCAAGGGUGAGACGCUACACGGUCAAGACGCAGACGUCUUCACUGCCAACAUGUACCUGGCUGAGGAUCGUAUUCUUUGCUGGGAGUUGGUUGCCAAGCGAGAAGAGAGAUGGGUGCUGAAGUUCGUCAAGAAUGCCGUUGGAGAGACUGAUGUGCCGGACACGGUGCCUGAAUUUAUCUCGCAACGUCGUCGUUGGCUGAACGGUGCUUUCUUCGCUGCUGUCUACUCGAUCUUCAACGCCAAGCAGAUUUGGAAGACGGACCACACUAUCCCUCGGAAGAUUCUUCUUCAUAUCGAGUUCUUCUAUCAGUUCCUUAAUCUGCUAUUUACCUACUUCGGUCUUGCCAAUUUCUAUCUCGCUUUCUACUUCAUUGCUGGCUCCUUAACUGAUAAGAAGCUUGAUCCAUUUGGCCAUAACAUGGGCAAAUACAUCUUUAUUGUCUUGCGUUACGCUUGUAUCCUGGUUAUGUGCUUGCAGUUCAUUAUAUCUCUGGGUAAUCGACCACAAGGUGCCAAAAAUCUGUACCUUUCUGGUAUCAUCGUUUAUGCUGUUAUCAUGUUCUACACCGUCUUCUGCGCCCUGUAUCUGGUGGUUAAAGAACUGCUCGCACGCGCUGGCAUUGGAAGCGACGACCUGGACGUGAGCAACAGUCUCAUGACCAACAUCGUCUUAUCUAUGCUGUCAACAGUCGGUCUCUACUUCUACAGCUCCUUCCUCUACCUGGACCCUUGGCACAUGUUCACCUCCUCGAUCCAAUACUUCCUCCUGAUGCCAAGUUAUAUCUGUACAUUGCAAGUUUACGCCUUCUGUAACACGCAUGAUGUCACCUGGGGAACAAAGGGAGACAACGUGAUCAAUACCGAUCUGGGUGCCGCAAAGGUAAUCAACGGAUCAACCGUUGUCGUGGAAAUGCCUUCGGAACAACUUGAUAUCGACAGCGGCUACGACGCAGCCCUCCGCAACCUUCGCGAUCGCCUCGAGGUACCCGAGCCCCCACCAUCCGAGUCCCAACUUCAGGAAGAUUACUACCGCGCCGUCCGUACCUACAUGGUCUCCAUCUGGAUGGUUGCAAACGUUAUCUUGGGUAUGGCAGUCUCAGAAAUCUACGGCGUUGACGCAGGCGGUACGAACAUCUAUCUCGCCAUCAUCCUGUGGUCUGUCGCUAUCCUCGCUGCCAUUCGUGCCAUCGGUUCGACCGCCUACGCAAUCCUCAACGUAGUCCACAAGAUCGUCGAAGGAAAGACCAAGUUCGACGCUGGCAAUAUGACCAACUUUGCGCCUAGCUCCUUUGGAGGUAGUAGUGUUGGCAAGACUACCGAGUCCGGCGCUACAUCUUCCCGCCCUGUACGCUAUGGAGGUGGUGCGACCUUCAAGGAUCGUCUCAAUGAAGUGCGCUGGUCUGCCAGCCGCGUCGCUGGGAAAGCCAUGUUCUGGCGGAAGUAG